GUUAACAUUAACAAGCUUAACUCAUACAGUUGCAGAACAGUUGCAGCACCAUUUAUUUGGCGAUGGAUUUCAUUGUAACUAUAGGGUUGAUCUUACUGGUCAUAUCUGGAUGCUUGGUACUGUGGCCUAAACCUAACCUUCCACCAGGAUUGCCUUCAUGGCCGAUAGUGGGGAGUCUACCUUACUUGGACAUCAAGAACCUCCUGGAACAACUUCUUAAACUGCCCAGAAAAUAUGGAGACAUCAUGACAAUUCACAUGGGCAGCAAACCAUACAUAUUCCUGAAUAGCUACGAUGUAAUCAAGGAAGCAUUUGUGGCGCAGAAGGAAUAUUUCUCAGAUCGGCCAGACAGCCUUUUUGUGAAUAUGUUAGGCAGAGUGAACGGUGAGUAUGGAAUGAUCUUAGCAAGAGGAGAUAGUCGCGAUCAUAUUAGAGGUAUUGUGGCAAAAGCACUCAACAAAACCUUCAAUGUGGGGAAAACACAGUUUGAAAACAAUAUAAUGGAAGAGGCCCAUGUGUUAUUAGACCACUUGGAUGAAAAAACCACAGAGCCAUAUGACAUGCACUGGAGUCUAACAAUGUGCACAUCAAACAUUGUUCAUGUGCUCAAUUUGGGAAAAAGGUUUGCCUAUGAUGAUCAAAGUUUCCAAGAACAGCUAGCAGGUGAAACAGAGUUGCUUGAAAUCUUUAUCAAGGCACAGAUUCUUGAUCCAUUCCCAUUGUUACGCUUCCUCCCUGGUGAUAUAUUUGGUUAUAAAAAAUGUCUAGCUAACCAAACAAGGAGAAACGAAUUCUUCACAAAACAUUUAGAGGAGGAUCAGGAAAAUGACUGCUUGCUUAAACAUUGGAAGGAAAUGGCAAAAGAAGAUCCAAACUCAAUUGAAACCAAACGUCUUAUAGUGAUGGUCUAUGAACUUUACCAGGCAAGUCUUCAUUCAACAAGAUCAGUUCUCUACAUAACUUUGGCAUACUUGCUAAACAACCCAGAUGUCCAAGAUAAGAUCCAUAGGUUGAUUGACGAGAACAUUGGACAAGAUCGGCAACCAACCAUAGCAGAUCGAAAGCAGCUCCAGUACAUUGAUGCAGUAUGUUACGAAUCCCUACGUUUAAUGCCAGUUGGGCCAAUGGCUGUACCUCAUGUAUGUUCCAAAACCACAACAUUGGCUGGAUACACAAUUCCAGAGUCAACGAUUCUUAUACCAAACUUAUAUGCUGUCCACCAUGAUCCAAAUACGUGGCCUAAUCCUGAGAAGUUUGACCCAUCUCGCUUCAUUGAUGAAGAGGGAAAGCUGCAGAAUCAUGACAAGAUUAUUCCCUUUUCCAUGG